AUGUUGACGGAGAACGCGGAAGCUUCAAAAAUGACAAAGGGCAAUAGUUGCAAGCUUCCGCAAGCUGUCACCUUUCUUAUCAAGGCCUCCUGCGCCUGGUAG